AUGUCUUUUCUAUCCCGCCUAGCCAGCCUCCUGGGCCUAUCAUUCCCAGCCCCCGUCGCACCCCCAGGUGCCGCCCUUGCAGCAACUGUCACAGUACCUGCAUCGUUAGGGUUUGUCCCGGUCGCGAUUCACUUUGAUCUCUUCGAUAUCCUCGUGAGUCAUGGCGGACGCGUGACAGUCGACGAAGUCUCGGCGAUCUGUAAUGGGCGUCUCAAAGCCCGAGGAGGGAAUGAGCCUGAGCUGGGGACCAGAUUAGCCUCGGACACACUCUACAUCAUGGCCGGGCUCGGCCUAGUUGAGCGAGUGGCCGAGGACUGCUUCAUGGCAAAUGCCAUCACAAACCACAUGGUUGCCAUGCCGUCCUCUCAGCAUGGCGCGCUGCACUUGCCCGCACUGACCCUACCCAGUACUACGGAGGGUCUAAUGGCCAGCGCAUUCUUGAUGAAAAAGCUCCAGGACACUCGCUUUGCAUACCCCUUUGCCGAAGCAGACGGCCCCUUGCAAUAUGCCUAUCAGCUAAUGGGUCAGUCCAAGCUAGCGGAGCAACAUACAUAUUCGAUCAUGGAGACCCAGGGUCGCAUGGACAGCUUCAACCAUUUCAUGGUCGGCAAGUUCCUGAAAUUUGGAACGUUCCCAGAGCGCGCCAGGGCAAUGGGCUAUGAUUUAGAUGUCGCAUUGACGGGUGACAUUACCACUGGUACUGGCACUGGGUCCGCUACUAUGGUCGAUAUCGGCGGUGGUCGUGGCGAGCUCCUCCUCGAGGUCCAGGCUGCGUACCCAUAUCUCGGUGCGGAAGAUCUAAUCUUACAGGAGUUCAAUGCCGAUAUUGGUAUCGUGCCUGGUGUGCGGCGUAUGGAAUGGAACUACAAGGAGGAGGCUGAACAGCCCGUUCGUGGGGCCUGCGUUUACGCGCUGCAGCAUAUCUUGCAUAAUUUGCCUGAUUUGGAUGCCGUGGCGUUGCUGCAGAAGAUUUCUCAUGCCAUGGCGCCUGGUUCCCGGGUUUUGAUUAUUGAGUAUGCCAAGAAUUUCACUUACACUUCGCUUCAUGCGAGUAUGAUUGCGUUAUACGGGGGCCGUGAGAGGAAUUCGGUGGAGUGGAAGCAAAUGGCGGGUUUGUGUGGGCUUGAGGUGACUUUUGAGGUUUAUGUUAGGGCUGGAGAGUCACUGGUGGAGAUGAGGAGGACAGAUCAAUAG